CGUUACGAUGGGACACAAAGAUCUUCCGCAGGCUUUGGCCCUUUUAAGUGAUAUGAAUACCAGUGUGCAGCAUGUGGCUACGCUGGUCGACAAUAUGAUUCUUAAAGUAAGAAGUGGCGAAUUAUCUACCCAACACGGCCUUAGUUUUUUGGAAAUGAAGUAUAACUUGCUCUUAAGUUAUUUAAUAAAUUUAACUUACGUGGUGCUUCGCAAAUGUAGCGGAGAACAAAUUGAAAAUGACCCCUGCAUCGAUAGGUUAGUUGAAAUUCGCACUGUUCUUGAAAAGAUAAAACCUAUUGAUCAAAAAUUAAAAUACCAAAUUGAUAAGCUGGUGAAGACUGCAGUAACUGGUACCAGAAGCGACGAUCCCUCGUUAUUUAAAGCAAACCCUGAUAAUCUGUUGGGUAAAGAUGCUGAUGACUCUUCGGAAAGUGAAGACGAAACACCUAGUAAAGAAGAGAAAGGCAAAGUGGGAGUAUAUCAACCUCCAAAGUUGUCUGCGGUUCAUUAUACUGGAGACGAAUCGAUACAGGAAAAAAACAAACGCCUUCAAGAAAAGAACAGAAGGCAUCACUUAUCCAACUCCAUUAUGCAAGACCUUCGGGAAGAAUACUUGGAUGCUCCCAUCGAGGUGUCUCAGGGUAGCAGGGCCCAACAAAUAUUAUCGAAGGAGCAAAGGGAAAUACAGGAAUAUGAAGAGGAAUACUUCACUAGGUUGCCAGUUACAAAAUCGGAUAAACAUAGACGUCGACAGUUGUCAACUUUAACUGCUUUGGGAGACGAAAUUACGAGUUUCGGUGGGUCUUCGGCUGCCAAAAGAAAGAAGAAAAUAAAGUUCAAAGGCGGAAAAAUGAAAAAGAAACGUUUUUAAUGUGAUUAAAUUUAUAGCAGUAACUGUGAGGUUUUUGUUAAUUAAAAUUAAAUAUAAAUUAAUUAAUAAUAAUAAUUAAAUAUAUAAAAUUCAACUCUUAAAGUAAAUAACCAUUUAUU